AUGUCUGAUACAUUCCAAGAAGACGUGAUGCAAAAGUACUUCGAAGAUCUGGCCCCCAUGUACAAGGAACGUUUUGCCGAAGGUCUGCGAGUCCUUACUGAGCAACUUGUACUGAACCGCAUGUGGCUCAGCCAAAAAUGGACCGACACCCAGGCCGGUUCGGCUGACAAGAAAGACGGAGAGGGAGUGAGUAUGCUCGAUUAUGCCUGUGGAACUGGGGCAGUCUCACUAGCACUGGCUCCGUUCCUCACGCAUAUCACGGGGAUGGAUACAUCUCCAAGUAUGAUUGUGGAAUAUGAGAAGAAUGCCCAAGCCGCUCAUCUCAGCGAGAAGAUAGUCGGCCGUACAGGGGAUUUGCUCGCCCCUGUUGUCGAAGAGAGUUUAUCGGAUUUGCCCAAGUUCGAUAUUGUUGCUGUCAGCAUGGCAUUACACCAUUUUGAAGAUCCCGCACUGGGCGUUCGACAACUGGCGAGGUAUAUCAAGAUGGGUGGUGUCUUUGUGGCCAUUGAUCUUGUUGUCCAGGAACGUGGUCCUCAUGGGUUUGGAGGAGCUGAGGGGACAGUUAGUACCCAUGGCUUUUCGCGCGCGGAUAUAAAGAGGAUCUUCGAAGAGGCUGGAUUGAGUAACUUUGAUUACAAGGUCAUUCCCAAACCUGUCAAGUUUGUUCAUGGUGGGAAGGCUAUUGAGAAGACAGUGUUCAUUGCUCGAGCCCAGCUGGUUUGA